CAUCGGAACAGAAUGUGGGAUGUGAUGAUGUAAUUUCGGUCACUUCUUUCACCGGAAGACGAGUUAUAGGACAGAUUCACAGGAAGCUACACACUGUACGGUCAUUUGGAUCCAGUUACAUCUGCAGUGGGAGAACUUGACAAACAGGUUGUGGCACCGCCUUUUUAAACCCGAAACCACUCUCUCUAUAUAUUCGCACACUCUCCGCUCCCAGGAAAAGAAGAACCAAGACAAGGGCUGAAACACUCAUCAAGGGGCGAAACUCAACUCGCCUGAUUUUACAGCGCAGCCAAUCCCCGGCAAGCAGACGCUUCCCUAAGCCGAUCAGCCCGGAAUUAAAGCAGGGCACUCACAGAGGAGAAACAAGAAACCUUUUCAUUUCAUCUCCACAAAGCCUCGCCAAGAUGAUGCAGCUCACAGAAACCACAGCUCAGAGGAACUCCCUCUUCAACGCCAUGAACCGGUUCAUCGGUGCCGUUAACAACAUGGACCAGACCGUCAUGGUGCCCAGCCUGCUGCGGGACGUCCCGCUGGAGGAGGACAGUGAGAUGACCAAGUCCCUGAAAUCAUACGAGGACGAGGGGGACAUGUACAGUUACUACCAGCUCCUCAAGUCCAUCCGCAGGGACAUCGAGUGGGGCGUCAGGUGCGCUGCAGCGGACGAGAGGCGCAAAGAGAGCAUGAAGAUCAGGCGCAUGAACUCGUCCGCCUCCACAACAUCCUCCAUAUCAUCAUCAUCAUCAUCAUCACUGUCCGAGGAGGACGAGGAAGAGGAAGAGGAGGAGGAUUUGCAGAAGCAGUUCCAGUACCACCUUACCGGGCUGCAAGGAGUGUUGUCCAAGCUCACAAAGCAGGCUAACGUCCUCACCAAGCGCUACAAACAGGAGCUUGGCAUCGGAGGAUGGGGCCAAUAAGCUCGGAGCCCUCAGAGACUGAAACCCCAGAUUGUUUUCUCCUGGAGUGGACUUGUUGAACUGACUUUUCUCAGUGGGCCUUUCUGCUGCUGCCGUUACUACCGAUGACAUUUGUGGACAACAUUUGAAUGGUAGAGAAAAAGAGGCAGCGUGUGUCUCCCUUCAGGCCCCACAUGGUGUUACUGGUUACUGUUUACUGGUAUUAUUGACUGUAGAUGUGUUGAUCCUGAUGAAUGCAUUUUUUGUACUUAACGCCAAACUUAUUUUGCACUCCACAAGUUUUGUACACAUCAUGCAUCCAGCUCCUGUGAUAACGCAGAUGAAACAUAUUUAAAACCUUUAUUUAAUGUAUUUAUUACCUCACACUGUAUAGUUUGAAAUGUUAUUUCGCAGUUGGAGAGGAAGUGGACUGCAUGAACUACAGGACCUGUCUGUCUGAACCGCCCCUCUGAGGAGGAGGAUACUGACAAAAGAUUUAGCUUCCUGCUUGUGUUGCUGAUGAUGUUAGUGUGUUCAGAUGUGUUUGUCUUUGUAUGACCAGUGCCAUUCAGAUCUGAUGUGUCUGUGUCUUUAAAUUAUAUGUCCAGCUUUGUUGUCCUUUGUCCCAGCUGUCAUGUCUAUGUCUGUGUCUUAAUGUAAAAAACCGGAGUCAAAUGCCUUGUAUGUGUCCGCAUACUCAGCAUAUACGGUGAUUCUUAUUGUGCUUGCAUGGAUGGAGGCAGAUGCUUACUGUAGCCGCCUGUGAUCUCCUAAUGGCCUACAUGGCCAGUGAAGCAGAAUCGACUGUUAAUGCUUAUGCAUAAAGAAUAAUGAGGGUUUUUCACAACACGCUUUGUUGUUAUUGUCAUUAAUUUGCUAUUACGAUGGUAAUACUGGACGUGUCCAUCUGUCAAAAUAAGCAAAUGCUUUUGUAUUCAACUUCUGCAUCAUUUUUGUACUGGUAUUUGUUUCUAAAAAAAUAAACUUUUAUAUAAAAGUUCA